UAGUUUUGUAAGAAGAUGCCAAAGGGUCUUCCAGAGUGGCUGCCCUGUACUGCAUGCCCACCAGAAGUGAAUGAGAGCUGUUGUUGCUCCACAUCCUCAGCAGCAUUUGGUGUUGUCAGUGUUCCAGGUUUUGGCCAUGCUAGUAGGUAUGUAGUGGCAUCUCAUCUUUGUUUUAAGUUGUAUCUUCCUGAUGACAUGUGAUGUGGAGCAUCUUAUCAAUGUUUGCUUGCCAUUUGUAUAUUGUCUUUGAUGAGGUAUCUAUUCAGAUGUUCGGUACAUUUUAAAAUUGGGUUGUUUGACUUCUUUCUCUUUUUUGCCACCAUCCUGCUGUGUGCCACUCACUAUUACUGACCAUGUCUUCUCACAAGACUUUCAGGAUCAAGCAAUUCCUGGCCAAGAAACAAAAGCAGAAUCAUCAAAUUCCCCAGUGGAUUUGGAUGAAAACUGGUAAUAAAAUCAGGUACAACUCCAAGAGGAGGCACUGGAGGAGAACAAGGCUGGGUCUCUAAGGCGUCCCACAUCAUGAGAUGACACACCUAAUUGGCACCACGUAAUUGAUUAAUUAAUUAAUUAAGCUCCUUGAAGAUCAUGUGUUCUAUUCUGUCACCCUGUAAACACCUUUCUACCUGGCCAAUAGAUACCUUUGAUCAGGGAAAUGAUUUUUCUGUUACUAUACCUCUGCACCAGUGGGUUGGCUUGAUAAUAAAUGUGAGGUCUUUCAGCAGUAAAAAAAAAAAAAAAAAAAUUGGGUUGUUUGUUUUCUUAGUUGUGAGUUUGAAAGUUCUUUGCAUAAUUUUGAUAAUAGCUCAUAAUUUUGAUAACAGCAUAUAACUAAGUGUUAUAUGCAACUGAUGAAUCACUAAAUCCUAUCCCUGAAACUGA